GCGACCCUGCCUGUUCAUGGAUAUACGGAACUGCUUUAGGAAGGUAGCAGCUAUCGACAGAUCGUCGUCAACCAUGCCGUACCAUACCUUACCUUCUAGAAGCAUGGCCGGGGAUGGCACCUUUUGGCAAUAUAAUGGAGCAAUUGCCCUGUCCCCACAGCUUCCCUUGCAUUUCUUGUGCGAGGAUCGCUGAGCUACUUAAUGCAUCGAUCCCUCUGUGGAAGACCAGCAGCUCCAGAACGUCGAAACUUUGCAUGUUUUAGACACGACAAAUAUCAAGAUGUCGAGCGCAAACCCGCUCGAACCGUCUGUCUUCGCGACCAGCGCCCCUCCCGAGGUCGCUGAGCCUCAUGGCCGAAGCUCCUACGCUCCCAUCGAAGCGGUUGGCAAGCCCUACCACGAUCAAUCCCUCAUUGAAGCCCAUGAUAUUGGAGCGCAUGAUGAUCCCGACUAUCCUCGGCCGACCGAGGAAGAGAAAGUCGCGCUUCGAAGGGUGGCGGACAAUAUUCCAAUGAUCUCCUUCGUUCUUUGCGCUGUGGAGUUCGCAGAACGCGCUUCGUACUAUGGAGUCCAAAAUGUGUUCUCGAACUUUAUGCAGUUUCCUCUUCCUCUCGGCGGCAAUGGAGCGGGUGCCCCACCAAAGGGUACUCAGGAAACGGCAGGCGCUCUAGGCAAGGGCGAGCAGUUCUCUAAUGCCUUUGUAUUGCUAUUUCAAUUCUUAGCCUAUGUUAUUCCGAUUUUUGGUGCUUGGUGGGCGGAUACCCGUCUGGGGCGGUACAAAGUCAUUGCCAUUGGUGUUGUGGUCUGCGGUAUAGCCCACAUUGUCUUGAUCUUUGGUGCUAUUCCCAGCGUGCUCCGGAGUGGACACGCCAUUGCGCCUUUUUUGAUAGGAUUUUUCAUUCUUGCCUUUGGAGCAGGUAUCUUCAAGCCAAAUAUUACACCAACUGUUCUUGACCAGUACCAGCACCAGCGCCAAUUCGUCAAAACUUUAAAGAGCGGCGAGAAGGUCAUUGUAGACCCAGAAACAACCAUCCAGAGGAUGAUGUUGAUCUUUUACGGCCUAGUCAAUGUUGGAGCUUUCUUCGCAGUAGCGACAACCUACUCUGAGAAAGAUGUCGGAUACUGGCUCGCCUAUCUGAGUCCCGGGAUCAUUUACUUCCUGCUUCCAAUCCUACUCAUCUUCUUCUACAAGCGAACCAUCAAGAUCGCACCCAGCGAGACUGCAUAUGACAAUGUAUUUGCCGUCAUCUGGAUCGCUCUAAAGAAGAACACCUGGCGCCUGGGACGAAAAGGCUUCUGGGACCCCGCUCGCCCAUCCGUCAUGCGAGCGAACGGCAUCACAGAAUGGAGAGGCAAACCCAUCCCAUGGGACGAUGCGCUCGUCGACGAUGUUCAACGAACGUUCUCCGCAUGUCAAAUCUUCCUUUACUUCAUCGUCUACAAUAACAACGACGGCGGCAUUGGUAGCGUAGCCACUUCCCAAGCAGCAACCAUGACAACAAACGGCGCUCCCAACGAUCUCCUCAAUAACUUCAACCCGCUGACUAUCAUCGUCGCCAUCCCCACCCUCAGCUACGUUAUCUACCCACUGCUGCGCAGGUACAAAAUUCCCUUUGGACGUAUCAGCCGUAUCACAUUCGGCUUCACACUUGCGUGGAUCUCGGGAAUCAUCGGUGCCAUCGUGCAAUGGCGCAUCUACAAGACAUCGCCCUGCGGAUACUAUGCCGGCGGCCCAGGCAUGACAGGAUGCCUCAUCGGCGACGGCGUCUCGCCGCUCUCGGUCUGGCUGCAAAUUCCGAACGUUGCCCUCGGUGCUCUGUCCGAGUGUUUUUGCUGGGUAACAGCGUACGAGCUGGCGUAUGCUCGGUCCCCGAAGAGCAUGCGCUCCUUGGUCAUGGCUAUCUUCCUGUUCACCAAUUCCCUGAGUGCGGCGCUCGGCGAGGCUAUUACUCCUGCAAUUGUCGACCCGCAUCUAAUUUGGGUCUGGGCUGGGCCGGCGAUUGCGCUGUUUGUGUUGACUGUUCAUUUUUACUUCACCUUUAGGCAUUUGGAUAAUGAUGAGUUUAUGUCGGAGCAUAAUGAGACGUUUGUUGUUAAGGGGCAUGAGGAGAGGCAUGGAGAGCUUGAGGAGGGACAUCAUGAUUUGGUUGAGACGCCAACGCCUGAGAGAGGGGUUGGGGAGAAGAGUGAGGAGGUUGUGGAAGGUGGUGAUGAGAAGACUGCUGUUUAAGAGUGGAGUGCAGGGGCAAUGUGCCUUUUUAGGUACUGAAGAACGCACUGUGCUGACGAGAAUG